CCCUCUCCCUCCCCGUCUUCUCCGGCCGAUUCCUCCUGCCUGCACCCACCCCACAACCGCCGGCCGCCCCGAACCCCAGAGAAGAAUCGAGGAGGCACCAAUCUCUCGACGCGCCCCGUCCACAUGGAGGUACUCCGCUCCAUCCUCUCUUGCUUCUCCUCCCGCUCCGGCUCCGGCCCCCGCCCCCGCACUGGCGCCCAAUCCGUACACGGGCUGUGGUCGAGCGGCGCCAGCGACAAGAACAAGACAAUGGUCGAGCAGCUGCAGAGGUACGGGAUCAUCCGGUCGAGCAAGGUCGCCGAGGUGAUGCAGGCCGUCGACAGGGGGCUGUUCGUGCCAUCCGGCGGCUCGCCAUACUUCGAUAGCCCCAUGCCGAUCGGGUACAACGCCACGAUAUCGGCACCGCACAUGCAUGCGGCAUGCCUGGAGCUCCUGGAGAAGAAUCUUCAGCCGGGGAUGCGUGCUCUCGAUGUUGGCUCAGGUACUGGGUACCUAACUGCUUGCUUCGCACUGAUGGUUGGAUCAGAAGGGCGAGCAGUCGGUGUUGAACAUAUUCCAGAGUUGGUUGCUACUUCUAUUGAAAAUAUCAAGAAAAGUGCAGCAGCCCCACAGCUAAAUGAUGGAUCUCUUAGUAUACACAUUGCUGAUGGCAGGGAAGGUUGGCCAGAGCUGGCACCCUAUGAUGCCAUCCAUGUUGGAGCUGCAGCGCCACAGAUCCCAGAGGCGCUGAUCGAGCAGUUGAAGCCCGGUGGCAGGAUGGUAAUCCCGGUAGGGACAGUCUUCCAGGAGCUCAAGGUGGUGGACAAGAAGCUGGAUGGCACAGUCAGCAUAAGAGACGAGACAUCUGUGCGCUAUGUGCCGCUUACCAGCAAGGAAGCGCAAUUGCACGCAAACUGAUUGCACCAAAUGCACCUUGUCAGCUCAGGCGCAAACUGAUUGCACCAAAUGUACCUUGUCAGCUCAGGCCUUCGAUGAUUCGAGAUCGAAUCACUAUUGUUGUACAUAAAUUGAUCCUACCGUGUUCGGUUUGGAAAUAAUGUAAACAGCUAUCUCGUUACGAAGUAUAUGCUUGUUUCUCUCA